GAUAUGAGCAAAGACCAGCAGAGCAAGCAGGUGCCGGACUGCGGCCCGCAGUCCCCGUCCAGGGCCCCGUCCAGGGGCCACAAGGCCCCGCGGAUGCCCAAGUGCUCCCGCUGCAGGAACCACGGAUACGUGUCUCCGCUGAAGGGCCACAAGCGCUUCUGCAGCUGGAGGGACUGCCAGUGCAACAAGUGCAAGCUGAUCGCGGAGCGGCAGCGCGUCAUGGCGGCGCAGGUGGCCUUGAGGAGGCAGCAGGCCCAGGAGGAGGAGCUGGGGAUUUGCAGUCCCAUGGCGUUGACCGGACCUGAGGUGAUGGUGAAGAACGAAGCCGGAGCGGACUGCCUUUUCUCUGCCGACGGGCGAUCCAACACACCCACCAGCAUCUCCACUUCCUCUCUCGCUGCUGCAGGAAGUCGCUCGACGGCGUCGUCCAGCCCGUCGGCCGCCGGCCGUUCUCACGGCGACGGAGCGUCCGACCUGCUGCUGGAAACCUCCUACUACAACUUCUACCAGCCGUCACGUUACCCCACCUACUACGGCAACCUCUACAACUACCAGCAGUACCAGAUGCCGCAUGGCGAUGGCCGUCUGUCCAGCCACAACGUGUCCUCUCAGUACCGCAUGCACUCCUACUACCCCGGAGCCGCCUACCUGACCCAGGGCCUGGGCUCCUCCGCCUGCGUGCCGCCCUUCUUCAGCCUGGACGACAACAACAGCUGCUCCGACGCUAUGGCAACCUCUUUCUCUCCCAGCGGCUUCGCCGCCGGUCACGACUCGUCCAUGACCUACCGCUCCAUCGGCUCUCUGGUCACCGCCGACGCCAAGGCGGAGUGCGAGUCGGGCAGCCACGCGACCACCUUCACCGUGGACCCCAUCGACGACGACGGCGCCGACAAGUAAAAGCCGGGCCUGAGACGUCCCAGGGAAACGGUUCCCUGCCACGGCAGGUUGUUCUCGUGUUUGGUUUCUUUAGUUCCUUUUUAGUCUUAAGAAGCUGGCGCCGCGGUCGAAGCCAGUUCCCGCCGCGGACCCAGCAGUUAGACGUCUUUGGGAAGCAGUGGCUGUUUGCAGAGACGAUGUGAAACGUGAUGACGAGUGCGUCUGAGACGACUGAUUCGAUCCAGACUGCAGCUAAUUGUUUGAGCUUGAACAGAGUCAUGUUUUUAUGUAGAUUCAAGAAAAAUCAACUGAA